AUGCCGGGUUUAAUAGGAUCCAAUAGUUCGGAAGAGACACCUCAUGAGAGAUCCGAUCAAAUUUCUGAAAAAGAUGUAGAUUUAUACGGGGCACAGGGUGCUUCUGAAGGGCAGAAUGGAGCACAGGAUAGUGAUGAACCGGUAGAUCCAAGAAGUUUGGAUUGGGAAGGUCCCGAUGAUAUGGAAAAUCCACAUAAUUGGCCAAGUUGGAAAAAAUGGUACACGACAAUGACAGUGGCUAUGUUGUGUCUUGUGGUGACAAUGGGAUCUUCUUUGUAUGUUUCGGGUGUUCCUGAGAUGGUUCUUCGUUAUAAAUAUAAUCAAACUUUAGCAAUCUCAGGUCUAACGUUUUAUUUGCUGGGUUUAUCGACAGUCAUUGGAGCUCCGUUGAGUGAAGUCUUUGGUCGUAAGCCGGUGUAUCUGUUUUCGCUUCCAAUUUCGAUGUUAUUUACCAUGGGUGUUGGUUUAUCUAAUGGCCAUAUGAGAAUCGUUUUGCCUUUGAGAUUUCUUUCUGGGGCAUUUGCAUCUCCAGCACUUUCCGUGGGGUCUGGAACCAUCAUGGAUAUUUUCGAUAUGGAUCAGGUUUCGGUUGCGAUGACUUUCUUCUGUGUGGCACCUUUCCUGGGGCCAGUGAUUAGUCCUAUCAUGGGUAGUUUCGCUACAGAGAAACAGGGCUGGCGUUGGUCUCAAUGGAUUCAAUUGAUUGCUGGAGGGUUAAUCUUACCUUUCAUUGCGAUUAUGCCAGAGACACACAAAGGUGUUAUCUUAAGAAAGCGUGCCAAGAAGAAUAAGGUCAAUUUGAAAUCUUUUGGUAAGGAGGAACAGAAGGCAUUCUUGAAAACUACUUUAACUAUUACUAUUUUCCGUCCGCUUAAAAUGUUGGUUGUUGAACCUAUUGUGUUCGUCUUCAGUAUCUAUGUUUCGUUCAUCUUUGCAGUGCUAUUUGGAUUUUUCGAAGCAUACCCCGUCAUUUACCGUGGUGUAUACAAAAUGAAUCUAGGUGUCUCUAGUUUGCCUUUCCUAGGUAUUGGUAUUGGUUUGUGGAUGGGAUCAUGUUUCUACAUGUUUUUGGAUCGUAAGUACUUGUUCCCCAAGGCACCCGAAGGAACUCCAGAUUUGACCUUGGAAGAGAGGGAAUCAAAGAGAACAACGCCUUACAGAGGACAUAGAGACCCAGUAACCAAUCAAUUGCUGCCUGUGGUUCCCGAGCAAUUUUUGUUGGCAUGUAAAUUCGGUUCGAUCGCUUUGCCGGUUGCACUAUUUUGGCAAGCUUGGACUGCCAGGCCCGAUGUUCACUGGAUGGCCCCAGUGGCAGCUGGUGUUCCGUUUGGUUUCGGUUUGAUUCUUAUCUUCUUCAGUGUCAUCAUCUAUUUCUCGAUGUGCUAUCCGCCAUUAUUUGUGGCAUCAUGUCUGGCGGCCAACUCCCUGUUAAGAUACGUUACUAGUAGUGUCUUCCCACUUUUUACCAUUCAAAUGUACGAAAAUUUGAAGAUCAAAUGGGCCAGUACUCUAUUCGCGCUGAUCUGUGUCGUUAUGAUUCCUAUUCCCUGGAUAUUCGAAAGAUGGGGUGGUAAAAUUAGACAAAAAUCGAUGUUUGGUUAUUCAGCAAUGAUCAGGCAACAACGGGAAGAAGAGGAUGCAGGAGAAGAAGGGUCAGAUGCUGCCACAUUGAGUAGAGUGAGCACACUUAGAAGGUAUGACGAUUUGCAUUCUCUGGCUCCUUCCAAGAAAGAUAAUGGGGCAGAUCGUCCUUUACAAAUGACACGAACUCGUACAGCUCCUCAAGAUUCAAUUUAUGAGCAAAUUGGUGAUGGUGAUGGUGAUGGUGAUGGUGAUGGUGACGAUAAAUUCGCAGAUGCCGCUUCAAACAUAGUAUGA